AUCUCAACAAGUAAAACAGAUACUGAACAGUAGGAGCAAAAUGUUCUUUCUUUGAGCAGCUAGUGAGACUUUGAUAAUAGGAGGAUGAGGUUCAUAGACUAGAGGAGAGUUGAAGGUUAGGAAAAGAGAAACAAGAGGGGAAGAGAGAAAAUGGGUGUGCAAAGUAACACUUCCCUGAAAGCUUCACCUAGAGUUUCGACGAGGAAAAGAUCAACAACUCUUCAACACCUCUUUGAUCUUGAUUCCAAUGGCAACAAGAUUGCCAACAACAAUAUAGGGAGUUCAUCGUCAUCUUCUUCAUCUUCUUUCAACUCGGAGCACGAAGAAAUUCUUUCCACAGUGUCCUACUGCACUUUUGUUUUCGCCUUCACUGAAUACGAAUGUCCUACACAACAGGAACUCAAGAGGCAUAAGCUCUUGCAGCUUCUUUCCUUUGUGAAGACUAAUAAAAAUUCAGUUCCUGUUCAAGUUCUGUCGUCUCUCAUUUCCAUGAUAUCAGCCAACUUGUUCAGGCCUCUCCCUCCUCCUUCCAAUCCCUCCAUCACCGCAGACUUUCCAGAUGAUGAAGACCCCAUGUCAGCCUUUUCUCCAGUUUGGUCACACCUACAGUUAGUUUAUGACAUCCUCAUACGAGUAGUGAUCAACAACGAUCCCAAGGUACUUCGUCAGUACAUUGAUAACCAGUUUGUCAUCAAUCUCAUCGCUCUUUUCCAAUCCGAAGACCCUAGGGAACGUGACAGCUUGAAGAAUGUGUACCACCGUAUAUAUUCCAGAUUCACAUUCUACCGCGCCUUCAUGAGGAAGUCCAUGAAUGAUGUGUUCUUGCACUAUGUGUUUGAGACAGAGAGGCAUUGUGGGAUUAGAGAGUUGCUUGAGAUAUGGGGAAGCAUCAUCAAUGGCUUCACCGUGCCGCUUAAGGAAGAGCACAAGCUGUUCUUGAUGAGGGUGCUCAUUCCAUUUCACAAGACAAAAGGAAUGCAGGCUUAUCAUAGGCAAUUGGCUUAUUGUGUGUCUCAGUUUGUCCAGAAGGAGCCAGUGCUAGGUGGAAUUGUUGUUAGAGGGAUUUUGAGGUAUUGGCCUGUCACUAAUUGCCAGAAGGAGGUUUUGCUGAUAGGGGAACUUGAAGAACUUGUCGAAAAUAUUGAUCCUGAUCAGUAUAGGAAGCUAGCUUUGCCUAUAUGUAAUCAGAUUACAAGAUGCUUGAACAGUUGGAACUCACAGGUAGCGGAGCGAGCGCUAUAUGUCUGGAACAAUGAGCAUUUUGUGAAAAUGAUAUCAGUAGCAAUGGAGGAAGUGUUUCCAGUAGUAGUUGAAGGCAUGGAGAAGAACUUGAAGUGGCAUUGGAGCAAAAGCGUGCGACAAUUGACAGAAAACGUGAAAGUGAUGCUCGAAGAAAUGGACCCUAUUUUGUACUCGAAAUGUCUGCAAGAAAUUGAGCUCAGAGGAUCCAAGGCUCACCAGGCUGAGAUCAAGAGGAAGCAGAAUUGGGACAGAAUAGAAAUGGCAGCAGCUCGGCACCAGUAUCUCCAACCACCACAUUUCAUAUGUGUCUAAUGAUCACUAUAACAUACAUCAGUGUAUAC